AAUAUUUUGAUUCGAGAUUUUAGAGAAAAGUGUGAGUUAUAAUAUUAGGAAGUAGGAGUUAAGAUAAUACGCGAGAAUUGAAGAGUUUAUAUGCUUUCCUGACCCAAGCUUUAAUAUGUCACGAUCGAGAUUUUUCAAAACAGGAGUAGAAUAUCUACGAAUUUUAACCCGGGAAAGUAAGACCUUUGAUUCUGUAGGAAAAAAGCUUGAGAUGGAGACAUUCACAAAGGGUCAAUGCAUAUGUCGUAUGGUUGUAGGCCAAGAAGACACAAACAAGUAUGGAACCCUUCAUGGAGGACUGACUGCUAGUCUAAUUGAUAUUGUUACUACAAUGGCAAUAAUAGGUGCGACUGGAAAACCAGGUGUCAGCACAGAUAUUGGAGUAAGUUACUUAAGUGCAGCAAAAGUUGGUCAGGAGAUAAUGGUAGAUGCAAAGUGUACAAAAAUUGGUAAAAGUCUUGUGUUUACAACUGCGGACAUAACUUUGGCAGAUGGUUCACCAGUAGCUCAAGGAAAACAUACAAAAUACUUUAUACCAGGAAUGCCAGUAAUAUUCCCUACUGAUCUACUUGAGGAUGAAAGCUGAAGAAAUAGUACUAUUUGUUUCACAGAUUAAGUUCAUCCAUCUAUCCAACUAGAUAAAAUUAACAGAAUUCUGUAGUCUAGCAGCUCAUUGUGACCUUUGUGAUUGGCUGGCAAGAACAAUAGGCUCUUGCUUAUGCAUCAAUCUUUAGUUUCACUGUGUUGAGCCAAACAGUAUACUUUUGAAUCUUUUGUCACCUACUUGAUUGCAAUGAAUUGUUGAAUUAGUUCAGGAGAAAACAAGAGAAGUUCACAUGCUUUUCCCAAACAUAUCCUACAAUGCAUUGCAUUAUAUACAGUGUAUGUUGUAAGAGCUUCAGAGGUCUAUUACCAGUGAAUCAGUGUAAGACUUUAUGGCUAACUUUACCUGGAAAUUCAGACACCUCUCAUCCCCCAUGAAAUUAAAGACUCUCUCCCUUCUGGGAGUUUGAUUUUAACUGGGGAUGAUUACUAUAAUAGUUCUAUUUUCUUGGACAACGUUUUUGCAAUUAAUUGAAAAUAGACAAACAUAAAAGUACUAAAUAUAUCUCAAUGCGGUUAACUGAAAUGUAAAAAAGUAACAAAAUACCACAAGUAGUACCAUCUUAUCUCUGAAAGCACACUUAAUAUUAUAGAGYCUAUAGAAAAGAAGGCAUUGGAUGUAGACGUCAAUAUAUAACCAGUACAUUUGCCUCAAAGAAGGCACUGGCCACAAAAAUAGUAAAAAAGAGAGCAAAUAAAGAAGAUAAAAAUGC